AUGAUCCUGAAGAUCGUAUUGAAUUUUUUAACUCCUGUUCUGUGUACACAGAUCUACCAAAACUGUUCUUGCGUUCUGGGAGGCUUGGCUGCAAUAGGAGUCUGUGAUUACGGGUGUUCACAUAUGUAUGGUUACGUCAUAUCCGGGGGUCUCCGACUGUUGGUCACGACACUUGGUAGCAUCCCCAAACUGAUUAUUUUAAUGAGGGGGCGUGGCUGUGAGAAGAUGUGUGGGGGUCCAGUAGAGAGUGGAUGGGAGAAGGGGUUUGGGGGUCCAGUAGAGGGUUGGCUGUUGGCUCCAAUCGUCUUCGGCAGCCUCAUCGAUAACACCUGUCUAAUCUGGGACAUCAAGUGUCACGCCAGAGGGCGCUGUCUUCUUUACGACAACGACAUGUUCCGGCUUAAAUUCCAAGGUUAUGCAGGUCUGUUUCUCGCCUGCUCUUUGGCGUUUCAACUGAUCGCCUACGUGUAUGCCAGGUGUACCAGGUGUUUGGAUACCGACGCUAAGGGUGAAGACGGUGCCCCCACAGUAGAAAUGACACUCGUUGUUAAUGGCAACGCCACUGUGGACGCCUAA